AUGUUUGCCGGCUCGAGCCGGAAACGGGCUCCAAGUCCUACACCUCUGCGGGAUGUCAAGCCGGAGACGUCGUCCCCGAAGGAUGUCAAACCGGCAACGAUCACCUCGACCUCGGCGGAGGCUGUCAAAGCUAUCGACUUCGAUACGGACGCGUUCCUCUUCCGUCCAUCCGAUAUCGACAUAUCGAACUGGCCCAAGGGCCGCCUACCGUACAGCGUUCUGGUGGGCGUAUACGUCCAGGUCUCAUCUACGCGCUCGAGAUUGACCAUCGUUCGCGUUCUCACCAACUUCCUCCACCUCCUCAUCCAUGCAUCACCCAUCGACCUCCCACCCUCGCUCUACCUCCUCUCGAACCACCUUCUCCCAUCAUACCUCCCCUGCGAACUCGGCAUCGGCUCCCAGAUCCUCUCGAAGGCAGUGCAGGAAGUUUCAGGCUGUCAGCCUCGUGACCUCAAGAAGCUGUGGGAGAAAUGGGGAGAUCCAGGGGACGUAGCAUACGAAGCUAAGAGCACGCUUCGGACACUAGUCACCCCCGCGCCGCUGUUGGUUGGGGACGUAUACAAGCGGUUAUUGGGGUUGAGUAAGGUCAAGGGGAGCCAGAGCGGGAAGGUGAAAGGCGAUGUGGUGCGGAAAUUGAUGGUUCAGGCGAGAGGGGAGGAAGUACGGUUUCUGGUUAGGAGUCUGAUUGGAAAUCUUAGGAUAGGCGCUGUUCGACUUACUCUCCUCACUUCCCUCGCUCGCGCUACGGCCCUCUUCCAUACACCCACCGACCUGAUCAACUCCGUGCUUCCUCCCCCUGGUCCGCCACCCAAAGCCGAGAAAGGCCAAAAACGGAUCCCGCGCCCCAAGGUCGAACCCGACCUCGCUCGAGAAGAAGUCGAAGUGCGAUGCGUGGAAGCUACUAAGCUUGUUCGGAAGGUGUAUGUCCGGCAUCCGAAUUAUGGGGAUCUGGUCAAGGGCUUAGAGGGGCAUGGUUUGGAGGGUCUGGAAGAGCGGGUUCCUGUCAGCGUCGUAGGCAUACCGCUCUCGCCCAUGUUGGGGUCUAUUACAAGAUCGCUUAACGAGGUGUUCACGAGAUUGGGAAAUCUACCUUUUACAGCCGAGGCGAAGCUCGAUGGGCAGCGCGUGCAAAUCCAUGCGAGACUGGACGGACCGCAGGGCGAGGAAGAUGGUGGUGGGAGGUGGGUGACGGGCGAAGAGGGCCAGAAGGUCUGGGUGCGACUGUUCAGCCGACAUCUGGAAGACAUGACCGAGAAAUACCCGGAUAUCUGUCAACUCGUGCUCGCUCUGCUCUAUCGACCCGUACCUCCCGAUCCCGCCGCUUUCCCCUCGACCGCCUCUGUAGCGCCUCAGCGAGUCAUCGACCUCCUCCACGUCAAGAAGAUAUCGUCUUUCAUUAUGGACGCCGAAGUGGUCGCUAUAGACAAGGAUACCGGCGCUUACCGGACCUUCCAAGAUCUGAGUAAUCGCGCAAAGAAGGACGUCAGGGUGGAGGAUAUCAAGGUUGUUGUCAGCGUGUUCGCGUUUGAUCUCAUGUCGAUGAACGAUGAGACCCUCCUCAAUUCGCCAUUUUCCCACCGUCGGCACAUUCUGCACACCCUCUUCCCAGCACACGCCCCCAUCGACCCAACCCAAGCCCGCUUCGCCCAUGUCGAGUCUCUUGAUUCUACCGCUUGCGCCGAUACCCCGGCGGAGAUACAGGCGUUCUUCGAGAUGGUCGUAGAGCAGAAGUGUGAAGGGUUGAUGGUCAAGCUGUUGGAGUCGGGGGAGGGGCUUGUAGGGGAUGAUGAGGAAGUGGAGGACGAUGGGGCUGGGGAGAAGAUCAAGAAGGCAAAGAAAGGCAAAGGCACUGAGGUGGAUGGUGGAGAGGUGAAAGAGGGUGGGAAAGGGGGAAAGAAGAAACCGCUACCGGCGACUUAUGAGCCUGAUCAGAGGAGUCAGGGGUGGUUGAAGGUGAAGAAGGACUACCUGGAAGGGCUGGGCGAUAGCCUUGAUCUUGUACCCAUUGGGGCGUGGUGGGGACAAGGCCGAAAAGCGGGCUGGUGGAGUCCGAUCCUUUUGGCAUGUCACAAUCCCGAGACUGGCGCAUUGGAGGCUGUCUGCAAAUGUGAGCUGAUCGGUAGAAGCUCAUGCUCCCCAGGUAUAUCGGGCUUCACGGACGCAUUCUACAAAGACCUCCUCGUUCGGUUCCCGCCGCACAAUGCGAUCCCGGAGAAGUGUAAUACGGACACCACGCUGGGGUAUUACGAGACGAAUGGGCUGAGGCCGAAUGUUUGGUUUGAGCCGAGCGAGGUGUGGGAGAUACGAGGUGCCGACAUAACCCUGUCGCCUGUCUAUCCCGCCGCGGCGUCCCUGCUCGGCUCAGAGCGAGGCCUCUCGAUGCGCUUCCCGCGGUUCAUGAAGCGCCGAGAUGACAAGAGCUGGGAACAGGCCAGCACGAGCCAGCAAUUUGCCGAUAUGUACAGGAGACAGAUCAAGGAGGCGCCUGCGCGGGCGGCGAAAGUGGGCGCUGAGGGGGUCGGGAAAGUGAUUAGGCAAGGAUCUGAGGAGGCCAAGGGCGAAGAAGAGGUAGACGAUGAAGGGGAGGAUGGGCAGGAAGAAGAGGAGUUUGAGGAGGAGGAGUAG